CUUGUGGCCAUCAGUCCAUCUCCUCCCUUGCACUUCGAUCCUCUACUCCAUACGUCCUCGACAGGGGCUAGUGCAGAUACGAUCGGUGUAGCAUAUCGCAUCUCGCCUUGCGUUUGUGCCCAGCCGACAGGACAGUCGCAGCGGCCAGACCUAAGAGGGCAGCCUCGACACUUUGCCCGCUCCUGACUCAGCCCUGGUCUCACCAUCAACAAUGAUGAUCAGAAUCAACAGGGCUCACGAUGGCAAGGUCAUAGAGGUCAAGCAGGCGCUGUCCCAGUUCAAUAGCAUUGACGACCUGCUACACGCCAUUUCUUUGGCCACUGCUAUACCUUCCGAUGGCAUCAUCUGUAUGACCGGAGAUGGAGCUCAGCUCAACGACGAGCUUCUCGCCACUCUGUCGACUGAAGACCAAGGACAGACUACUGAAUUCUUCGUCUUCAAUCGAGACUUUCUCUAUACCGACGUCGACGUACUCUCUCAGGAUCUGGCAGUUGAGCCAGCCCUGGCUCCUGCCCCGUCCAGCAUCGACCUGGUCCAGCCACCCACCCCACGCUCAUUAGAGGCCAUUGUUGCUUGGUCUCACUCCAUUCUAGAGUAUGUUCAUUCACACGCCUCAACAUCGCAGCAUCAUCACUCAGCACUAUCUACAAUCCAAAGAUCCACCUCUGUUGCCCUGCUCAAUCUUCUCUCACAUUCGCACAACGUCAAGGACGGAAGCCUCUCGGCCAAGGUCAGCAACGAGGGACAGCUUGGCCGUAUGCAGCGUCUUCUGGGCGGCUAUCAAAGGGAUCUCGAGAUCUUGGGCCUGGUCAGGGUCAAUCCUGCUCUUCUUCCCCCGAGUAGCGGUAGCUCGUCUAAGCGCACCCUUGGCGACUUUGUGAGCCGCGUCAAGAUGGGGGCAGUGGCAGACGCCUGCAACCGAGUCUUCGAAGAGCUACAGAGUCAGCAGAACGAGCUCGCCGGCAACAGCUCUCAGUUAGAAGCUGACACAAGAGAUCUCACCUCCGAGGUGGAAGGAACCAGCAUCGAUCCUUCAACCGAAACACUCGAAGAGGCUCUUCAAGCGGAGACCCGCGCCGAAGAGCUUACUGCGUACCUCGUGGACACCUGUUCUCCGGAUUCGAACGGUUGGCCGGUGGCCGACAAGCUGGAUGGCUCGACCAUAAAUGAAAUCCAGCAAGCGGUAGAGGAGCUCUAUCUCCUUGACGAGGUCGCUCGGGAAAGUGUGCGGCGCCUGACCGCCGACAAGAACGACAUGACGGCUCGCUGUCUUAGCCUGCUGGGAGACAUUUCGAGUUUACAAUCCGACUACGCAGACCUCUCUGCAGGCUUAGCAGCGUUCGAUACAGAGCUGAAGUCCGGACGCGUAGACGGUUUUCGCCAUCUUACAAGACUCAACAAUAUGUUGUGGGCAUAUGGAGCCACGGUCAUCGAGAUUGUUCGGCGAAGAGAGUUCACCAAAUACUUCCUUGCCAAGUCGCAAGCGCUCGCCGAACUGAUGGCAAAGGCGUCUUCGAGAGAGCGGAAAAGGCGCAAUAAGUAUCGCACUAGUAUUGCUGGACAACUCCCAUGGGAGGUCAAAGGCAUGGACGAAGCUCCGCCGUCUCUCGAGAUAUCAACGAGUCGAUCGACUGAAACGACACCGGAGCUGGAUCGUCAAGACCUGCAAGGGCUUCUGCAGCUCAUAGGAGAAAUUGAGGAUACACUAGCGAAAGCCGAUGCCAUCAGUGGAGACUCCUCAGGGGGACCGCUUGCGCGAAGCAAGAAGGACCUACAAGAGCUCAUUGCUCGGCUGGAUAGCUUGGAUGACGAGUUCGCAGUCCUCGUCGAGAAGAACCUUCUGGGUCUUGAUGAAGACUGGGAGGGUGGCAGUGAAGAUGGCAACGGCAGCGACUCCUCGGAUGGCGACAUGAUCAAGAAGCCCACGAGGCGCCGGGUCAACAACGGAAGCCGCGCUGGCGAUGACAUACUCGCGAUCACUCAGAAGGAGAACGAGAGAUUACAGCAAGAGAACAGAGAUCUCAACAAGCAGGCAGAGGCAAGGGAAAUGUCUGAUCACCAGCGGUAUCAGUCUGAGCUCACAGCGCUGAGGUCAGAGUGCAGCGCGGCACGACUGGAGAAUCGGCGAUUGAAGGAAGAGCUCAAUUCGGUCACCAGGGAGAAGGCCAGCGCAAUGAGCGAGGUCGAGACACUCCGAGGCGAUGUAGACCUAGAGCGCGAACGAAGACUCAACAUGCAGGAGGAACUUAGUCUCCUACGCAAAGAGGCCCAAGCUGCCAGAAAGGAGGAAGAACAGGCUCGUCGAGAAGCUUCCGAAGAAGCAGAAAGACUUGCUGAAGCUGAGCUGCAUGUGCAAGACUUGCAAAACGAGUUGGAAGAGGCCAGAGCUGCUCGUAUCGACGCCAGCAAUCGGAUUGAGAGCCUGCUGAGCGAGGGCAGCAACGUUGAGAAGGAGCUUUCAGCUGCGCAAGAGCAUAUUGAAGACCUCCUUGCGCAGCUCGGACAAGCCCGUCAAGACGCUCGAGAGGCACGAGACGCUCAUGCGGAGGCAGAAGCGACCAAGGAGCGCCUUGUGCGAUCUCAUCGUGCGGAAGCAGACGGCGAUCGAGCGAUCCUCGAAGAGAAUCUCAGAGAGCACAGAAGCGAGCUCGAAACGGCCCGUGCUGAGCUGGAGAGGAUCAAAGACACUACGAAAGCGGAAGUCGAAGCUGCGCAGACGCUACGUGGUCAACUACGUGGUGCCGAUGAAGCCCACGAAGAGCUCGUCAAGACAAUGGAGGCAGCGAAAGACGCCAGUGCUGAGGCGGAGCUGGCGAUGCGGCAUCCUACAAAGUCAUAUACGAGCUCUACCUGUGCUGUCUUCUUCAAGGUCAGCUUCCGCUAGCACGCCAGGACCCAUCGAGGAGAAUAAACAAAUCGGUGUCGCAGAGGAGGAGGAUGACGAAGAGGCAAAUGAAGCCGAA